AUGUCCGGCAGCGAAGCUGGAUCGCUAUGCACUGACGCUCCUCGAAUUCCUCAGAUGAUGUACAUCGCAGGAGAAACGCAAGACGUCUCCACGCCGACCAUUAAGCUCAUCGAGGAUAUCAUCCGAGACCAAGUCGUCCACAUACUUGUGACGGCAAAUGACCUCGCGGCCCGCCGCGGGUCUCGCGUCAUGUCCAACAACGACAUCAUAUUCCAAGUCCGGCACGACGUCGCGCGCACCGAGCGCAUCCGCACCUUCCUCACCUGGAAAUCAAUCAGGAAGACCGUCAAAGACUCGGACGACAAAGAAGGCUUCGUCGACGAAGCCGACUUGGACGAUGACGCCGUCGCUGGUCCGGCAGACGACGCACCAGCCAACAGGGCGACCAAGCUCCCCACUGUCACCUUUCCGUGGGACAUAUCAUCUUUCUUCGCCGAACAUGUCGCCCAUAUUACCCCCGAUGAUCUCGUGGAUAUCACCAGCAGCGUGACCGCGCUUGAGAAAUUGCUCAAGAACGACGAGCGGACCCGGGACAUGACUGUUGCCGAGUAUGCCACCUGGUCCGAGUACCGUCAUGCGUCCCUGACGUACCGCAAGGCGAAGCGUUUCAGGGACUGGUGUGGGCUGGGCGUCAUUGCGGAGAACAGACCUAACGAUGAUGUGAUGGAUAUUCUGGGCUUCCUGACCAGUGAGAUGGUACAGAACCUCACGGCUGAGGCAUUGGGGGUACAAGGGCAAGAGUUGGGCCGUGCUGGGCAGGGUGCCGUAACUGGUUCUGAAAUGAGUCAGAAAGCGAAAGGGGGCUUGUUCGCUGAGCCCGAGGGAGUUAGGAAGGCUAUCGACGAGAAACAUAUCCGCGUGGCAUUCCACUGCUUACAAAAUCGGCCAAAGGAGUGCAGGGCUUUCUUGACUGGUGCCAGACCUUCACUAUCUCUUUCCUUACUAUAA